UCUUUUUCAACACGGUUCCUGGGUCUCAGCGCGUCUGCUGUAGAACUAAGAUGGCUGUUUAAACAAACAAAAUCCAGUGUAUAUUUCGGGAAUGCGGAGUUACAAGGGCACAUACAUCCUCAAGGCUGUUUUUGUGGUUGUGGGACUUGAUCGCGUGGUGUUUUUCUCUCCUUUUGUCCUACAGAGAAGAAGCGAUGGACCUUCACAUUCUAGACCAUAGAGUGAGAGUAACGUGCAUCAGCAGAGAUGGGCUGCAGCACUACACCCACCCCCUGAUCAAACUAAUAUUUCUACGGAACAGAACCAGAUGCAAAUUCUUCAGUCUGACCGAAACGCCAGAAAAUUACACUGUUGUCCUCGACGAGGAAGGAUUUAAAGAUCUUCCCCCCUCUGAGCACCUGCUGGUGGAAUGCUCUACCUGGCUGCCUCUCAACGUCGUGUCCAAUGGCAACGCCUCCAGCAGCUCUCAGGCCGUAGGUGUCACCAAAAUCGCCAAGUCUGUCAUCGCCCCACUGGCUGAGCAGCACGUGUCCGUCUUCAUGCUCUCCACAUAUCAGACAGACUUCAUCCUGGUGCGAGAAAAAGACCUGUCGGUGGUGAUACACACCCUGGCUGAAGAGUUUAACAUCUUCCAGGAGGUGGAUGGAGAGUCAAUACCAGUGCACAGCCAGGAUGUGAAUAACGGCCUUCAGGGGAACGGCAGAGAGGUUCCCGGUUCUACAUUACACCCAGUGUUGAUCCCAAAGAACCAGUUCUGUGUGAUGAGUUUGGAUCCUGACACGCUGCCGGGCAUUGCCACCACGCUCAUGGAUGUCCUCUUCUAUUCCAACAGUCCUAAAGAAGAUGUCGAUGUCACUGCUGAUCUGGAGUGCAAGUUUUUCUCCUUCUCUCUGAUCGAUGGCUACAUCUCCCUGGUAAUGGAUGCAGAAGCACAGCGAAAAUUCCCAGCAGAUCUGCUGUUCACCAGCUCGUCCGGUGAGCUCUGGAGGAUGGUGCGGAUCGGUGGGCAGCCGCUCGGUUUUGAUGAGUGUGGGAUUGUAGCGCAGAUCUCUCAGCCUCUAGCAGACUGCGAUAUCUCGGCUUAUUAUAUCAGUACGUUCAGUUUCGACCAUGCCUUGGUGCCAGAAGAGGACAUAGUGAGGGUUACAGACAUGCUUCAAGAUCAGAGGAAAGGCACCGGAUGUUGAUGCAAUCCUCUGCGCUCACACUACAGGACACCAGACGGAACAGCGUUAACACACACACAGUGUUGCAGUGACCACUGGAAGUGUUUCGAUAAAGUUUAUAAGCUAGGAUUGGCUCACAAGAGCGAGAGAGCUCAAGGUCCAGUCACAAAUCAGGCAAAGUGCUUUGUUUCGAAUUGCACAUAAUUGCACAUAUGUGCGAAUUGCACAUGAAAGCAACUUUUACGUUGUAGAAUUGUUUGUUCGACCAAAUUAACCGUAAUACCGCAAGGUCUUACAAGAUUAUUGGUGGAGAAUUUUUUAAUUUUUUUUUUUUUUUUUUUGGGAAGCCCAUUUCUGCCAGGUUGGUCAUUUAUUUUUAUUUAUUUAUUGUUUUGGCAGCACCAGUUUCAAAAAUUUCACUUGUUAUUCCAAAAAUCUGACUAAUUAUCUCAAAACGUUGACAAAUCUCAAAAUUCCGAAGCAUUCUCUUAGAAUCGAUCGUUUUUCUUAAAUUCUUAAGGUCAAAUUUAACAUUCAUUAGAAUUUCUUUUAAUCUGAAUUAAAAUGGAUUUAUCUCCAAAUUACAGCUGAUUUAAAAUAAAAAUCUCAGAAAUCCAUCAUCACGAUUUUGUCCUUUCACUAAUAUUCUAUCUCAAAACUUCAUCAGAGAGCGUGCGUUAUUUUAUAUGUUAUAUUCUCUCCGGGGGGGCACGGUGGCUUAGUGGUUAGCACGUUUGCCUCACACCUCCAGGGUCGGGGUUCGAUUCCCGCCUCCACCUUGUGUGUGUGGAGUUUGAAUGUUCUCCCCGUGCCUCGGGGGUUUCCUCCAGGUACUCCGGUUUCCUCCUCCGGUCCAAAGACAUGCAUGGUAGGUUGAUUGGCAUCUCUGGAAAAUUGUCCCUAGUGUGUGAGUGUGUGAGUGAAUGAGAGUGUGUGUGUGCCCUGUGAUGGGUUGGCACUCCGUCCAGGGUGUAUCCUGCCUUGAUGCCCGAUGACGCCUGAGAUAGGCACAGGCUCCCCGUGACCCGAGGUAGUUCGGAUAAGCGGUAGAAAAUGAAUGAAUGAAUAUUCUCUCCGUUAUUAAAAAAAAGCUUGUCGAUGAUAAGCCGGAAUUCCGAGCUAAGUCACGUCGAAAUAUUUAUUUAAUUUUUUUUUAAAGAUUAUUAAGUCAGAUGACUGAGAUGUCAAGGUAACAAGUCAGAAAUUCAACAUGCUGCUGUUGCCAAUAAUAAUAACGACAGCAAUCAUUUCUAUCUGUAAUAAUACAAAUGAAUAAUAUAUAAAUAAAAGCCUAUUUCUUUUUGACCUGGCACAAGUUGGCCUCCACUGAUGAGCUCUAAUCUGUGCAUCAGCAAUUUUUUCUUUUUUUUUCUUUCUUUCUUUUCUUUAUCAUCACGUAAAAACACUAUCAGUGUCGGACGUUUUCAGUAUUGUUGCCGUUUAUUUAGCACUACUCCAGACUAACGUUUGAUUUGAAAUGUAGCAUCAACCUUCAGAUUUCUGGAAAAAAUUAAUAAAAAAAAUAAAGAAAAAGUUACUGAAAACCUUUAAAUGAGCGUAAUAAACUCAUGCCUUCUUUAUUAGUAUUUUUUUUUCUUUUCUAAUUCUAGUGAAUAUUUCGUUCAUGUUUUAUUAACAGUAUCGUUUGGGAGAAAAUGGUUAAAAGUAUUUCAAAUGUAUUUUAGUUUUAAGAAAGCAGGAAGUGGGAUUUUGGCCCCGUCUUCACCUUCGAUGGACUUUUCCCUGGUUCGGGUGUUUUUGUUUUUUUUUGGGUGAGACGGUAGCGAUAGACUUGUGAAGCUACACGUGACUUUCACUGUGUUCACUUUAAUCUUUGAUUCCUCAGUGUCAUUCUUCCCAAUCGCCAUCUCAGUAUAUAAAUAUGCAUAAAGCACCAUUUUUUUAAUGGUUUAGCCAAUUAACCGUAUAAAAGCACACCAGCCUAAAGCCGCCUUAUCUGCACAACCGCUAUUGGGUUGUUGGUUGGAUUUCGACGUUCACAGCCGACGUUCACGGUCUUUAUGUUGAUGAUGUAAAAGCAGGACUGGUUUUGUCGUUCAGGUCCGUUGAUGAUACAUGAUUCUGGAUGUGUAUUAUAAUAAACCUUUGAUUUGAAUUAACCAGUGAA